CCACCUCUCUCUCUGUUUUAUCAUUAUAUAAGUUGCAGAAGAAUUGGAAUUAGGAUUGGAUUCGGACAGCCUUGAGUCACGGUGGGGGGGCUGAUAUAUAGAUGCCUCUCUUCACGUAUGAACAUGUCGAGACUGGAGACGGACAACGAGAUUUUGCUGCUGAUUUCGAGGGCGUUAUGCUGUAGAUUAAGAAGAAGGUGAAGCUGAUCAAGAACAGAGGAUUAUUCUCGAAGAAGAUGCAGAGAACCCGACUCUGAACGGAUAUAGUUUUGCCGGCUUUUCGCGUUGCUUUGGAUGUUGAGAAAUCCGUCCGCUCUUUUUUUCAGCUCUGGUUUCAAGUAGGAAUGGGCACCAGAAGUCGCAGACAAGCUGUCCUCCCUAUUCUUUUGCUGAUCGUGAUCUUCGGAGUCGGCUGGAAAGUUAUUGCAGAGAACACAUUGUCAUCUCACGGUCGUGCACCAGGGAGACGUCUCCUUCAGGUUGACAAUGCUUCUGAUACCUCAAAGUACUCGGGUGACAACACCGAUAGAGUUGAUCCGCUUGACAAUUUCAAGAAAUAUAGAGGAGGAUAUAACCUCACCAACAAGCACUAUUGGAGUUCGACAAUAUUUACCGGAGUUUAUGGAUACACUAUCGCAAUGUUGUGGCUUCUGAUUGGAGUAGCAUUUGGGUUUUACACGCUUUUGGUCAGAUUACGUGGGAGUGCAGAAAAUUGCAGAGAACUUCAGAAGAGAUCACAGUGCCACAAGCUAUGCCCUUUGUGGCCUGUUCUAAUUGCCUUCGUCUACAUGGUCUUAGCAAUAGUGGCGGUCGGGUUAGUGCUUGGGGCCAAUGCUAAAUUCCAUUCAAGGGCGAAGACUGUAGUGAGCAUAAUCAUCGAUACAGCAGACGAUGCAUCAGAAAAGAUACACAACACCACAGGAGCGAUGAGGGACAUCAAGGACACUUUAGAAGUGUCUAACGGAAGUGCAUAUACCUCUAGCUUCCUCACGACCACGUCCGAGAAACUGGACUCUGAGGCUGCCGAUAUCCGAAGACAGGCUAGGAAGAACCGGCGAUUGAUCGACAAGGGCUUAGAGAUAGUGUACAUAGUAACCACAGUGACCAUAUGCUUGAACUUGGUCGCGGUUAUAGCUCUGUCAGUUUCUGGGUUUUUAAGACUACGGCGGCUGCUUUACUGGUUGAUUGCAUUAUGUUGGCUAUUGACAGUCCUCUGCUGGAUCUUCUUCGGGUUGUAUUUCUUCUUAAACAAGUUCUCGAGCGAUACAUGCACAGUUCUGGACGACUUCCAACAAGAUCCGAACAACAACAGCUUGAGCUCAAUCCUCCCCUGUGACGAACUGCUCUCGGCAAAGUCCAUUCUCUCGGAUGUCAGUGCAGGAAUCUACGACAUGGUCAACAAGGUGAAUGCAAACAUAUCAUAUCUUCAGGCGACAUCGUUCCCGAAUAUCAUGUACGUCUGCAACCCGUUCUCGCCACCACCCGAAUAUGAGUACCAGCCGGAUAAAUGCCCUGGCAACUCAAUUCGAAUAGGAGACAUCCCAAAGGUAUUGAAGAUUUUCACUUGUUCUGACCCCAAUGAUGGUAACUGCGCCGGCAGCCAGUACUUAUCCGCCAGCAAGUACAAGAUGGUCGAGGCCUACACGAGCUCAAUCCAGAGCCUGCUAGAUGCUUACCCGGGCAUGGAGAGCCUGAUUGAAUGCCAAUCGGUGAAAGACGCAUUCUCACAGAUCCUAACCAAACAUUGCGGGCCGCUAAAUAGGUACGCCCGGAUGGUCUGGGCAUCCCUUGCGUUCCUUUCGGUGAUCAUGAUGUUCUUGGUUCUGAUAUGGACCGCAAAGGCGAUCCAGGAUGAGGAACAUCGACAUCCCAACGGUUCGGUGAAGCCUCACUCCACAGCACCGGAUCCGCAGGAACCUGUGAAAACUAAAGAAUUCCAGGACAAUGUCGAAUAUGGCUCUGUCUAGGGAAUGUUUGGAAUUCGUAGUUCGAUUUUUCGGGCAGGAAAUGUCGGAAUGGAAACGCGCAAGCGAAUUCCGAGAACCCGGGUUAUAGGAUUAAGCAUGUCAACUGUAUAGAGAGAUAGAGAGAGAGAGAUCCGAGACUGUUACACAGCUUCGAGGUGAACAGUCGCUGGUAUCUCCCCAGGAAAGAAGCAUGAGCAAAGACUUGAAUUCUUUUAGAUAGGGAAAUAUGAUCUUUUUUUCUUUGUUUUUCUUUAAAGAAAAUAUAGGGAAAAUGUCGAUCAGGGGAUUCAACCCCGCCAUAGAAUUCAAAUGUAAUUUUACAUUUUAUAAGCAAUUGGAAA